AUGAAAGAAGAGGCUGUCUAUCUUGUCGCCCGAGGCAAGAGACUCGAGACUGUUGUCGUCGUGAGAGUUCCAGACAGACGAACUCGCCCCAGCGGUACCGGCCAGGCCCACUGGCGCGGCGACACGGGGGACGGGACGUGGGCCAAGGCUGAUGUCAGCCUCGCGACACCGCCUCGGUCCACACACACACACACACACACACGCACAUACACAUUAAGUCACAACGACGGGGAGAAGCGGACUGUUGCCCCGAACAUACGCCACUCGCACAUGCCGCAGUCGACACAAGAACUGGUAACUUGUGAAGCAGGUUUGGGGUUCACCUCCAACAACAUUCGAAUCCCGGACCCUUUCAUAAUUGACCCUUUCAAGAGUACCUCGACGAACGGCACAUUCCAUGAGUCAAUGGGCCGUACACAAAGUGGAAAUUUAAUCAAAUUCAAUACUUGUGUGUGUGUUUGUGUGUGCGUGAAACUAUGGCCAUAA